AUGGCCCUCCCACCCAUUGUCUCGGCCACCGCCCAGAGCGCAGUGCUGAGCGCAACAUCAAACAUCCUGGCCCAGGCCAUCACAGCCUACCGGAGGCAAGACUUCCUCGAGUCCACCUUCCCAGCCACAAAGACCGUCCCAUCGUCGGAGGCCAUCAGAUCAGCAUCCGGCUCCAAUGACAAGGAGCUCGACCGGGAGGCCCGCGAGGGCAAGCUCGUCGAGACCAAGCUUGAUGUGUCCAACACCAUCAUCAAGUUCAUCCUCGACCAGACCAUCGGCGCCGCAUUCAAUACCGUGAUGUUCAGCUGCUUCCUCCACAGCAUCAAGCAGGCUAUGGCUCACAGGGCCCUCGCCACUGACGCGUCAGACAUCGCGUUCUUGACCAGCGGGAAGGCCAUCGACUACAGCCAGGUCGACUGGCGGCUGGUGCUCGAGCAGGCAAAGGUAGAGUUCUACCCGAUCAUGAAGGCCGGGCUAAGCCUCUGGCCCAUGGUGAGCUUGUUCAACUUUGUUGUUGUGAAGAGUAUCGAGGGGAGGAACCUGGUUGGUUCACUGGCCGGUGUUGUCUGGGGAGUCUACAUGAGCCUGGUUGCGGCGGGUUAA